AUGCUAGAAACAUCAGGUUUAGUAUACGAAAAGAUUCAACUACUCACCGCAAAGAUAAAAACUAUUUCUAGAAGAGUUCUGGUCUGUUCAAAUGAAGGAAAGUCUCGACAGCAUCCAAGGGGAUCUCCUCUGAAACGGCGCUUGCACGCACGAACAGGUUGCGAGGCAAAGUUGGUUAUUAAACUUCAGAAUGAUGAUUCAAAAUACUCAAUAGUAGAAUUUGUGGAAAAACACAAUCAUGUGCUUACACGUUCAGAUCAAGUGCAUAUGCUGAGAUCACAACGGAAAAUAGAGAGUUCUCAAGCAAGAUUAAUUGAAAAUAUGCACUAUGCGGGUAUAAGUCAAAAAAAUAUCUUUGCAUACUUAAGUGUUGAAUCGGGAGGGUAUGAAAAUCUGAACUUCACUCAAAUGGAUUGUUAUAAUCAUAUACAAAGAAGAAGGCGACAAGAUAUCUUAAAGAAAGGUGAUGCUGAACAUUUGCUAGAGUACUUUCAAGAAAUGCAAAAAGAUAAUCCAUAUUUCUUUUAUGCAAUUGAAAUGGAUGCGACUGGUCAGUUGUGCAGUUGUUUCUGGAGCGAUGAUAAAUGUAGGAUGGACUACAGUUUCUUUGGUGAUGUGUUGGUGUUUGACACAACAUUUGGAACAAAUGAAUAUGAUAAACCGUUUUCACCUUUUGUUGGGGUCAAUAAUCAUGGCCAAACAACUCUUUUUGGAUGUGCUUUAUUAUUAGACGAGAGCACGGACUCAUUUGUUUGGUUGUUCAAGACAUUUCUGAGUGCAAUGAACGGGAAACAUCCGCAGAAAAUUUUCACCGACCAAGCAGAGCCUAUCAUGAAUGCAAUUAAACAAGUGUUCCCAGGUACUCAUCAUCGGCUUUGUUUUUGGCAUAUUUUCCAACUGGCUGCGAAACAUCUAUCCCAUAUAUUUGUAAGUUCUGAAUUUUUUACCAAAUAUUUCAAGAGGUGUAUAUAUAAAAAUAAAACCGAGGAAGAAUUCGAAUCAAUGUGUAAAUCCUUCCUUGAAAAAUACAAGCUGACAGAGAAUAAAUGGUUGCAAACUUUAUAUAAGAAAAAAGAGAAGUGGGCUCAGGUAUAUGGUCAAGUACAUUUUUGCGCUGGCAUGACAACUACACAGCGCAGUGAAGGUAUGAACAAUUUUUUGAAGAAGUAUUUUAAACGAACUUUAUCGCUAAAGAGUUUCGUAGUUGAAUAUGACAAGGUUCUUGACAGUCGUCGUGCUAAAGAAAAAACCGAAGAUUUCAAAAGCAUGCAAAGAAAACCAACUUUGCAUAGUCACUGGGCACUUGAAGUUCGAGCUGCAGAACGUUAUCCAACAAAAAUGUUUGCUUACUUCCAAAAAGAAUACAAGGAAACUCUAGAUUUGAUUCUAGAAAUUAUUGAUCAGGAUGGAUCAAUAUACACCUACAAGGUAACAUCGUUUAAAUUUUCAUCUGCCCGUACUGUUACAUUUAACUCCUCGGACAAUUCCGUUCAAUGUAGCUGUAAGCAUUUUCAGUUUAUGGGAAUGAUAUGUGCCCACUCUAUGAAUAUAUUGCAUACCCACCAAGUCUAUGAUCUCCCAUCGCAAUAUUUUCUAAGUCGCUGGACAACAUAUGCAAAAAAUGGUGUUGGUAUUGAAGAGCCUAAGAAGCCAAUUUAA